GAGGAAAAUAAACACAUCAUCUUCUGGCAGUGUUCAAACCAAAAUCUCCCUUAGAAUCUAUCUCACUACAGCAAAACCCAGAAUCUGACUCUGUGUAAAAAGUGCUUGAUUUCUCAAACUUGUGUUUCCCCAUUGUUUCAACUAGGGAAAUCCGGCUUGAUUUCUUCUGCAGCUUCAGCCCGAGAAAAGCGGAGGCAGGAGAAAAUGAAAAUGGUGGAAAGUAGCGAAGAGGAAGAUGAUUUCCCAUCCAUGGAAACUGUCACUCCUCAGUCCAAAAUCGACACCAUCUACCAGUCCAAGACUGAAAAGGGAAUCAGAAAGAUCUGUUUUGAGCUUUUGGAUCUGAAAGAUGCAGUUGAGAACUUGUGCAGUAACACACGCACAAAGUAUUUGGCUUUCCUGAGGUUAACAGAUGAAGUAGUUGAAAUGAAGCACGAGUUAAAUGAGCUUCAAAAACAUAUUUCUGCCCAAGGGAUUCUUGUGCAAGAUCUAAUGGGUGGUGUCUCUCAAGAAUUGGAAAAAUGGAGCUGUACUGAUGGAGAUGUCUUGCAAUCAGACGACAGCUCUCAAACUCGUGAAAUUGACGAUAUAUUCUUACCUGAGGUGGAGGAUAAAAAAUUACAAUUUUUGGAGCAUGUCGAUGUCCUUUUGGCAGAGCACAAAAUAGAAGAAGCAAUAGAUGCAAUUGACGCUGAAGAACGAAAUCAACCCGAGCUGAAAUCAGGGGACACUACAACAGAUGAUUCCUCCUCGUUUAAGUCUGCUCUUUUAAGGAGAAAAGGAAUGCUUGAGAAUCAGCUUAUUGAGAUCAGCCAACAGCCUUCGGUUGGUAUUCUAGAACUGAAGAAAGUGUUAUCUGGUCUACUAAAGCUUGGGAAAGGUCCUUUGGCACAUCAGAUAUUCUUGAAAUCUUAUGGGUCCCGCCUCCAGAGAAGCAUAGAAGAUUUUCUUGCUUUAUGCCCAUGCUAUCCCGAGACAUACUCAGCUACAUUAUCUAACCUUGUAUUCUCGAUGAUUUCAUUAGCAACUAAAGAAUCUGGGGUGAUGUUUGGCGACAACCCUGUUUAUAGUAAUAGAAUUGUUCAAUGGGCGGAAUGGGAAAUCGAAUCUCUAGUCAGAUUGGUCAAGGAAAACGCGCCUCCUUCUGAGACAUCCUCUGCUUUACGUGCAGCUAGUGUAUGUGUUCAGGCUAGUCUUAACCACUGCGCUGCAUUGGAAGCACAGGAUCUGAAGCUAACGAAGUUGCUUCUGGUGCUUUUGCAACCAUACAUUGAAGAAGUCCUGGAAUUAAAUUUCCGACGGGCUAGAAAAGUGGUUCUUGAUUUGGUUGUGGAUGAGGAGAACAUGCCUUUAUCACCUCGAUUUGCAUCUCCUUUAUCUACUUUCGCCACUUCAUCUGAUCGUAUGCUCGUUGAUUGUGGAAUGAGAUUCAUCUUUGCUGUCAAGGAAAUAGUUGAGCAGCUAACUCGCUUGGUUAUCCUGCAUUUCGGAGGAAACAUACUGACAAGAAUUUCGCAGCUUUUCGACAAGUACAUUGAGGUUGUGAUAAAAUCCAUAACCGGCCCCACUGAAGACGACAAUCUGACAGAGCUAAAGGAGCCUGUACAUUUCAAAGCCGAGACGGAUUCCCAGCAGCUUGCAUUAUUGGGAACUGCCUUUACUAUUGCUGAAGAACUAUUGCCUAUGGUGGUGUCCCGAAUUUGGAAUGUUUUGAAUGAUAGCAAAGAAGCAGUCGCUGAUAAUGGAAUGCCGCCUACUAACAGUAGCUUUGAUCCUAAAGACUGGAGAAGGCAGCUUCAGCAUUCUCUGGACAAACUUAGAGAUCAUUUCUGCCGACAAUAUGUUCUAAGUUUCAUUUAUUCGAGAGAUGGAGAGACUAGACUGGAUGCUCAGAUAUAUGUAGGUGGAAAAGGACAGGAUUUGCUCUGGAACUCUGAUCCUCUUCCUUCACUACCAUUCCAGGCAUUAUUUGGGAAACUGCAACAGCUAGCAGCUGUGGCUGGAGAUGUUCUAUUAGGAAGAGAGAAAAUACAAAAGGUUUUACUUGCUCGGCUCACAGAAACUGUGGUAAUGUGGUUGUCUGAUGAACAAGAAUUUUGGGGUGUUUUGGAGCAUAACUCGGCUCCUCUUCGGCCAGUUGGAUUGCAGCAGUUGGUACUUGAUAUGCACUUCACUGUUGAAAUUGCACGGUUUGCUGGCUAUCCAUCGAGGCAUCUACACAAGAUAUCAUCUGACAUAAUUGCUCGUGCGGUUAAGGCAUUCUCUGCUAGAGGAAUAGAUCCACAGAGUUCACUUCCGGAGGAUGAGUGGUUUGUGGAAACUGCGAAAGGAGCAAUAAACAAGCUUCUGAUGGGUGGUUCUGGGUCUGAUGUAUCGGAGAUUGAUGAUGAAGAUGAGCACAUCAUCAUCCAUGACGAUGAUGUCAUCUCGGAUUCCGAUGACUCACCGUCGUCGCUCUCGUCGGUUGAUACUGAAGAUUCUUUUGCUUCUGCAAGAAUGGAAGAAUUGGAUAGCCCUGUGUUAACAGAUCCUGAGAAUUGAUUUACUACAUUCUCACAUAGAAAUAACUGGCAUCAUGCUUGUCUGUUUUAUGCUUUUAGAUGGAUUUAUUGAUUGGUGAUUGAUGUUGUAAAUUUGUAUGGAUCUUUAAUUUUGUAGCUGAUAAAUAACGGUAAUAUUUUAUUGAAUGGUUCAUUUAAUUUAAUUUAUGC